AUGAUUGGUGACUGUUCGUCGGUCGUUUCGACUGUUCGCACUAACAAUAAGGGAGAUUUCUGGUGCGGAAAUUGCGUUACAAGUUCGAGAAAUUAUUGUCUACGAUAAUCAUCCGUGCAGAUUUAAUGCUAUUUUGAUCGCGCGAUAGCUGCUAAAUUCACGAAUAAAAUUUGUGUGCUAAACCAAGUGCCAUGUCAAGUUGUUGCCGCAUUUUUGACGGCCUAAAAGUCAAGUGAAAAGUUGCAAAGAAGUGAAAUUCCCCCACAAAUUGUGCGCUAGUGCGACGACGACGACGAUUCUGGUUUUGUUUGCGAAGACGAGGAAAUACUAGGUUCGUGCUUUUGUUGUAAAUAUGACCAUACCAUCACGACCAGCGCCACCUCCACCACAACAGCAAGCAACAUCACAGCAACACAGUGCAACUAGCUCAAAUAUAAUUCCCAUUAAAUUACCACCACCACCAGCGUCGGGUUCAAUUCAGCGGACAUAUAGUUCUAAAUUACCAAGUAGAACUUCGCCUGGAUUAAAUGCACCUAGUGGAGGCUCAUCGGUAACUCGACAUUUCCCUGCUGCUCGAUAUGCGCCUGCAACAAAUUGGGAUGGAUUUCCUUUCGAUCAACCAAAUAUAAAUAAUCCUAGUGUUAAAAAAAUUCCACCUCCACGUCCGCCACCACCACGUAUUUCACCGAAUAUGACGGGAAACACAGUGUUGAAAAAACCCGGCCCUCCACAAUCCAUAAAUGUACUGUCCAAUCUUUUCGGCCGCAAAAAGGGGCACACCAAAAAUAACAAACAACAAUUGCAACAACAAUCAAGUUUCAAUCAGUUAAAAUUAAAUUCCUUGCCAAACGUUCCACAAAAUAACACCGACAAUAACCGACUUAUAUCAUCACAACUACCACAACAAACGAGAUUAGAUUCUACGGACGUUGAACUGAUAAAAUUCGACUCACCUCCAAGUUCACCAACAUUCACUCAAAAAUCGAAUAGUGAUUGCGUUAGUGUGGAUAGUUUCAGUUCGGAUUCAAACUUCAGUUCGCCGCAAAAUGGAAGUGUAUCACAGCCAGAAAGCGGAUUCGAAGACGAUUUCCUUAGUCCAACUGAUCCUUGGGCUAUCAAUAGUAUUAACAACGGCAGUAGUAGCACUACUUCUGCAUCACGAAACUAUGGAUUUCUCACCGAUAAAGCCAUGCUUCAACCCGUUCGCAAUCUCAAUGCCAUAAAUCGAAGUCAAAAUGAUAACCCUCUAUGCAACGGAAAGAGUUUGUUGCCACCGCAGGAAACAUUGACUAUGCCAACUAUAAUUAAGCCAAAGCCGUCACUAAGUUCGUCCUCGAAUACUUCGUCACCAGUGCACACAGGAAGCAACACUUUGAUGCUGAAAUCUCAAACACCGUCCAUGUUACAAUUGAAAAAUGCAAACGACACCUCGGCCUGUUUCUCUACUUAUAGUGAUGGCGAGUCAUCUCCGCCGAUGCCCAGUUGUCCGCCACCUCCGCCACCAUCCAGUGAUAUAUUCGACGUGAUUGCCGGGCGUCUGGACGCUAUUAAUUUGAGCAAUCGUGAGUCAGAGGACGACAGUCAGAGUUAUGGCAUUGCUCUGUACGAUUUCGAGGGAGUAGAAGAUGGUGAUCUUAGCUUUAAGGAGAAUGAAAAGAUUUAUGUAUUGCAACGAGUGAACGAGGAGUGGUGCUACGGCCGGAACAAACAAGGCUGUGAAGGUAUAUUCCCGUCCAAUUACAUAGAAAUUAAGGUGCCACUGAAAGACGACUCGGCUGGAAGCAAUGCGAUGUCCAAGAACAACAUAUCAACGAAACCUAUUUCGAAUUCUCAUCCAAAAGUUAGAGUUUUAUACAACUUCAAUGCUGAGGUACCAGAGGAUUUAUCGUUAAAGGAGAAUGACAUGGUCACUGUUCUUAGUCGAAUUAACGAUGAUUGGCUCUUUGGCGAACUGAGAAAUCAGCGCGGUCAAUUUCCAGCGAAUUUUCUCGAAUAUAUACCCCAAGACUUACCAAUUAAAAUGCCUUAAAAUCGAAAUGAUAUCUACAAAUCACUACCCGAGGACAAUGAAUAUUUUUUGUAGAAUCUUUACAAUUUUUCUAACGACCUAGAGAAUUCGAAAUUCCAUCGUAAUUUAGUGAAAAAUUAUCACCCUCGAUUGGGCGAUAAAUUUUUAUAAAACUAUUCUCCAAAGAACACUUUUGAUACGAAUCUAUUUUUCGUCAGGUUUUGACCUAAUCGAUUAAUAUACAUUUACUGAAAAUAGGUGAUAUUGGAUUAUAAAAGAAUAAAAUUUUAAUGUAGUAUUUAAUAAUAUAUUCCACUAUUUAUGGUUUCGUCAAUAUCAGGAAUUUACAAAGUCGAAAUUUUUGAUAUCUGAAGUGACAGUUUGUGAAGAUGUAAAUAAAUUUCAUGUAAAAAUUAAAUACGAUCACAAUGAUAUGAAUAAUGCCUAACUGGAAGAUGUGAAAAUGAAUAUGAAUGUAUCGUUCUGCGAGCAUAGCAUAACUCAAUAAACGGCAAUUAAUUUAUUUGAAA